AUGCCAUUGUUUACCGCUCACCUUCUACUAACAACGGUAUGUGUGCCAACAUUUGCGCUAAAUAUUUUAGUGUGGAGUAGCACGAUGGGUCAAAGUCAUAUUAACUUCAUCGGGAGUAUUGCAGAUACACUUCGAGAAGAUGGUCAUAACGUUACAUUGCUGUUUGUCGAGUUCGAUCCCGAUUUCAAAAUAAGUACUGGUACGAGACUCGUUGAUCGCGUUAUCAGGUACAGUUCACCGUACCACAAUUCGGCGGACUGGCGCACAUUAACAUUUAAGCAGCACAUAGUAUUCAACUCUAUUUUCGGUCUCAAUUUCAUCGAUUUGACUAAGAUGCAGAUUUAUGCCUACAGAGUUUGCAAAGGAAUCUUGGAGAAUCCCAGAUUAAUAAAACUGUUGCGCGAUUCAAAUUUCGAUCUAGGAAUCUUUGAGAUGUUCCAUAGCUGUCCUGCAGGAGUGAUGGAAUUAGCUGGCAUACCCAAAACUAUGUUGGUGUCAGCAAUAGGUGUUGGCUAUCAUCACUACCGACUUUUGGGAAUGGAAAGACAGUCUAGUUUUGUGCCAGCUACUCUAACAAUGUGUGGAAGUCGUAUGUCGUUUUUGGAAAGACUGUACAACAUCUUUAUCAACGGAUCUGGUUUCAUUCUUGCCAACAUCUAUGAAUACUUUGAACAGUCUUUGUUUGAGAGCAAGUUCCCUGGAUUCAAGAAUUUGCACAACCUUAUCAAGGAUAAGACGGAUUAUAUGUUAAUGAAUACAAACGAAUUUACGGAAUCUACGCGUCCAACUCUGCGCUCCAUUCAGUACGUGGGUGGAGCGACAACACUAGAUCCAAGCUCUUUGGAUGAUGAAUUCGAAUGGAUAGUUUCGCGCGGUACCAAAGGAGUCAUUCUUUUUUCUUUAGGCUCUCUGGUAAAACCGAGCGAUAUGCCAGCGGAUAUGUAUAAAGCAUUUUUGGAUGCCUUUCGUACUUUCACCGAUUACGUGAUCUUGUGGAAGAACGAUGAUAUAUUUAAUUCUACGUACUCGAACAUAUACUUUCGUGAAUGGCUCCCCCAAGUAGACCUUCUUGCUGAUGGACGCGUCAAGUUGUUCAUAACACAUGGCGGCAUGAAUUCAAUUCAGGAAGCUCUACUCUUUGGAGUUCCGAUGAUCACCGUUCCAUUAUUUGCUGAUCAGGAUUCGAACGCAGCAAUUGCUGCAGAGCGUGGUUUUUCGAUAACGCUCAGCAAGCUGUCAAUUACAAAAGAGAAAAUCAUCGACGCUAUUAACACGAUACUUGGAAAAGAUGGCGAAGAGAGUACUUACUCACAAAACGUUCGACAAGCUGCACGACUGCUGAGAGGUAGUCCUGAAGAGAUGCGGCGAACAAUAAAGAGACUUGCACGAAUUUCCGGUUCAGAACCGCCACUGAAUCAUCUGAAACUGGAUCUUGACCAUCUUAACAACUUUCAGUACUAUAAUAUUGAUGUGUACUUGCUUAUUUUUUCAGUCAUACUUGUCCAUAUCUGGAUUUGUACAAAAAUUUCUUCACGAAUGACAGAGUUUUACAUAACUUGGAAAACAAAAAUUGAUUGA